AGGCGACCAGCGGCAGGUACCAAGGCACGAAGAUACGAGAAAGCUUUCAAAAAGAUUCAGAUUGAACUGCAAACCGUAGAAGGAGAACUCAAGCUCUUCGAUCCACAUUCAAUCUCAACUAGUACACUCCGUGUUUAACAAUCUGAAACAAUGUCACACCUCUUCGUCAGAAACUUGACCUUCCAGUCCAAUGACCUCGACAAGGAGGCCACACUCAUGCUCGCUUUCGAUGCCGACAUAGAAGGCCUCUACGAGGAAUUCUUCCCGGUAGUUUGGAAGGUCAGCAAAUUCGGGGAGACGGGUCCAUACAGGACUCGCGCGACCUACACGAGCCAACUUGCUUUCUCCAAACCGCAGGUCGUGGACGGGAACAUCAUCGACGCUGAAACUGCCGUUAAGAUCAAUGUCAGCGAGAGAACAAUCCUGACCGAGGCCAACGAUGUCUAUCAUUUCUCUCCCCCUAAGCCGGGAGCCUCUGGUGUCCUGCAGGCCGUGAACGAGACUGGGGCCAUUCAGGAUAUUGCAGUCGGCUUCAUGAGCCCAGGAGACUUGAUGCCCCAGCCCGCACUCUACUUCAAUGGUGUUGGAGAUGGCAGUCAUGUCACUGCUCGGUUCACCCCGAUCCUGCGCGCCUACAUUACGUCGGACUAUCAAGAGACUGCAAUCAUACGAGGUGCCAUCGACACUCCUGUGGUCUGGUCGCAGGACCUCGCUGCGCUUGCCGAGAGCACGACUUGGACGCUCUCACGCGACCUGUCCAAUGGACACUACACGAUCGUCCAAUCUUGAUUAAGGAAUGCGAAAUUGUAUCUUGGUUUAAGCCAAUGGCCUCACUGAAUUCCUUAUCUUUUUAUAAGGUUGUUUGUUUAUCGUGUAUUUCGCAAGAGUUGAGAGUUGUAGAGUUUCUUAUGGGACUUUAUGUAUGUGUUUGAAAUCUCGUAUUUUGUUGGACGAGAUCUCCCGAGCUGUGUAUGUUGUUAGUCACGAUGCAUGCAGCGUCGUGUGUGAUUUUGAGAUUGUGGUUGUUGAACAACAGGC